AUGAUGAGCGCUGCAUUUUACCCAAAGUUGAAUAUUCUUUAACUCUCUGCUACCAUAAAAAAAACAGAGCACUCAGCGCGAAAUAGAUGCUCAGCUCCUCGUCAUGCCGCUGGCGUUUUAAAAAAGCGCAGCACUUCCUUUGAAAACAACUGGAAAAAUAUGCUAGGCUCUGGAAAAAAAUGCUUUGGUGGACACACAGCCUAACUUCUUUUAACUUGAGCGCCACGUUUUUAGAAUGUCGUGUUGUGCGAGACGCUGCAAAAGACGCGAGUGCAAUGGUUAAACACGUCUGUCUAGCACUUUAAAAAACAAUGUAAAAGAAGCGCAGUGGAAUUGAAAACUGUGUUUUGUGUAAAUAUCCUCUUAGCGUCCACCAGCAGUGCAUAUGACGUACAGUAGAGUCAGUCCUUACGCUCUCAAACUGCUUAAAUAUUUUUAUGCAUUUUUAUGCAAUAUAUUGUUUCUAUAUAAUUAACAUUGCGCCUGCUGCACCCAUGGUACGACAGCAAAGUUCCUUGAUUAUUACGCCGGAAUGAGAGUAUAGUUCCUAGCCAUAUCGGCCUAGAAAAUCGCAACUUUUCAUUUUCUGUCGGUCUUAGUACACAAUGUAACUACAGAAGAGUCAAGUUUUAAAUAAGAGAAAUAUCGAAACUCAUUGGUCAUUUUUGAGCGAGAUGCUAACGGUCUAAUCAGAUUCAAUGAACUAUGCUAAGCUAUGCCAAAAGUGGUACCGCCAGACCCGGAGAUCGGCUGAAUGGAUUCGAAAACGGUUAAACUCAACUGUUUAACUCUAGGGGAGUUGGAAAAUGAGCUUAUUUUCCAAAAAAGUGGAGUGUUCCUUUAAGAACUUUUUUUGCUUUAAAUCAAAGUUUGUUAUUUUGUGAUUCAACUCGUAGCUAGUUGGUUUGGUGGUUCAUGGCUUACAACUCUUAAAUGAAGACUUUUUAAAAAUCCCUAUGGACAAAAAAAAAAAAAAAAAGAAGAAGAAAAAAAAGAAAAAGAGAAAUACUUUCAGAACCAAGGACACUGAAAAAGUGUACGGGCACCGUUGCAAACUACAAGCAGGAUAUCCCGUUGAAACUUGAGUCAUCCAUAACUUUUUUUCAGAUAUGAUUUUUUGCUCAAUGAUGUGGAAAUAAGAGCUUAGGUUAUAUAGAAGCCUCUAGAAUAUGUUCGAGGUGAUUGUGUGCCUGAAGAAUGUCUUUUUUGCGAAAUGGUCUGAAAUAGAAAGUACUUUUUUUUGCAUUUGCUCACCAGGAAGUUCGUAUGAAAGUGUCUUCAUUGUGGAUUUUCCCAUGUCCUUGUCAUCUUAAAAGCCGCAUUUCGCUUGCUAUACUCCUAUAGGUGUGUUAUGGCAUCUCAGGAGGAGUCAUAAAUGUCCCUCCUAACCACUCAGAAUGUUUUCUCAACCAGGCUUGUCUGAACAGACGGAGCCAAACCAAUUAAGCUGUGUGCAUGAGUAGGCAUUAUUGCUUUGCACUCGAUAAACCUUUCAUUUUUGUGGCUGUGGCUGCUUCUCUUCAGUAUUAGCUGUUAAAGGCUUUUGGUUUGAAAGUUCCUCCUGUUAUGGCAGAUUUAUAGCACACAGAAAAAGGGAAGGAUUUUUCUUGUACCUUACACAAGACAUCACCUCCGCUGCUCAGGCUUUUUUUUGUAGCUGCCUCUGAAUCUAAUGACAUCUGCUCCAGCUUCAAUGGGGAUCGACUUGGGAAAGAAGAAAGGAUGCCUUUGACCUGCGCACCCGAAGCAAAACAGAAUGACUUGGUUCUCUACAAACCAGGAGAGAAGUCAGUGAGUCAUGGAGGACUGUGGUAGCCUCAUAGAGUUUGAUGUUCCUGAAUUCAGCAACACCGUCCUGAACCAGCUCAAUGAGCUCCGUCUCCAGGGCAAGCUGUGCGACAUCAUUGUGCACAUUCAGGGCCAGCCGUUCCGAGCCCACAAGGCUGUUUUGGCUGCCAGUUCACCAUACUUCCGCGAUCAUUCAGCACUAGGCACAAUGAGUGGCCUCUCUAUCUCUGUAAUCAAGAGCCCUGAGGUGUUCGAGCAGCUGUUGGCCUUCUGCUACACUGGCCGCAUGGCAUUGCGCCUACGUGAUGUCAUCAGUUUCCUCACGGCUGCCAGCUUCCUCCAAAUGCAGGCUGUGAUUGACAAAUGCACACAGAUUCUCGAGGGUAUUCACUCCAAAAUCAGCAUCCCAGUGCCUGGUGGGACUGAUCCAGAUGAUGAUUGCACCACCUUAAGGUCUGGACCCAACGGUGUGAAAGACGCUGGUAUCUUUGUAAACCCCACCCAGAUUUCGCCACCCUACUAUCCCCGCCAGAAUCAUUGCGUGGAAGGGCGGAGCUCAGGUAAGGGGAUGGCGGAGGAGGGUCAGUCAGACCGAGGGAGCAGCGACGGAAUAUCUGAGCAGGAGGUGUCCAUGGAGGUUGAGUCGGAACAGAUAGAACUCAUCGGGAAGGAUGGGCAGGUGACUGAUGUCCAUAUCAAGCUGGAGAAAACCGACCGUCCCAGCUACUCCGAUAGUUCGUCGGCAGGUGACGACGGCUACCACACAGAGCUAGUGGAUGGUGAACAGGUAUUGGCUGUCACCGUGGGAUCGUAUGGGCCUGUGCUUUCCUCUGCCAGAUACACUUACUCGACACUACCUUCCUCCUGUUUCGUCAGCCUGAGUUCCUCUAGCCCAUCUCGUUCCUUGCUCAGCAGUGUCCGGGGUGGUCGUGCCCGACCGAAACGUCCCGUGCCUCUUCCAGCCGAUCUACUAACUCAGCUCAAGCCUGGUACCGACGAAGGAGAUCCACCUGCAACGGCAACUACCUUCGAAAAUGACGUAAGGGAGCGUAGUUUCCGCGGACAGUGGUACCCCUACAACGAGCGCCUCAUCUGCAUCUACUGCGGCAAGUCCUUCAAUCAAAAGGGCAGCCUGGACCGUCACAUGCGUCUGCACAUGGGCAUCACGCCCUUCGUCUGCAAGUUCUGCGGUAAGAAGUACACCCGCAAAGAUCAGCUGGAGUACCACAUCCGCGGCCACACGGACAACAAACCCUUCCACUGCCAGAUCUGCGGCAAAUGCUUUCCCUUCCAAGGCACACUCAACCAGCACUUGCGCAAGAAGCACAUGACCUCUGGCACAGAAGUUAAUAAUCACACUGACUUGCUGGGAGAGGCACCAGAUGGCCAGAGAGGGGAGCAAGAGGAUACCUCAGAGGGUGAAGUAGCCUGUGGAGCAGCGUACCCCGAUGAUUUGUCGACAAAAACCCCCAGUGAAGAGAGUGGCAAGUGUAGUCCGGAAGAAAGUCCUGCGUCCAAACCCCUGCGUGGAUAUUAAGUAUAUUAAAUUACUUGGUUGUUUGUCCUACUUAUCUAAUAAGGAAGCUUAAAGGGUUACUCUUUUCAUGAUUAAGCCCAGCUGUUUUUAAAGAACGACAAGAAAUAACCUGCCUUGCGCAUUUUCUACUCAUCCAUUUUUGUGGAAGUUCUACACAGGACUAAGACAGAGAGAGAGUUUUUAAGGAGUUUUUUUCAAAGGGAAGGAGUCUUAUAAUCGGGGAAUUAAAUAAUCGGGGAGGUGGUCUCUGUAAUCAAGGCCUCCUAAGAGUUUUAUCACAUUUUUAUAUAUCUAUAUAUAUAUAUAUUUCCAUGUUUUUCAACAUAUUUACAGAGUAAUAUAGGCAUGUUGCAAUAAUGAAUAAUGUGAAAGCUCAGAUGAGAUGCUUGUCAUAUCACGCUUUUACCUGACCUGUUUUUGCACAUGUGGCCUGUAUUGGGUCACUCACUCACGAGGAAUGGUUUAUCUGCCAGUGCAAGGCUCUUUGUGACACAUCUGUUCGAUACCUCAUCACACAACCUCAACAUACUCAUAAUGGACAGUAUUUGUAGCUUGUCAUCAACUCCAGCCAGGUUUUACCUCAUAGCAAAGAACCUGAACGGAGGGGAAGAAGCUUCUCUCAAUAAAGUCACGAUUGUUUUGUUUCCAAGGGGUUGGAAUGCCGAGCAAAACCCUUGAACAAAAUAUCUCCACUUUAUACUUCAGUGAAAUAUUCCUUAGUGAUUGUAUGAAUUCUGGAUUAAUCUUGUUCAGUUUUCUCUAGCAGCCAUGUUAUGUAUGUCUAUGGGAAAAUUGCUAGUACAAGGUGUACCUGUGGUGUAUUUUCAGGAUCAAGGAUAUACUACAAAAUAUGAUGCUGUUUUCUUCCACUUUUUCAUUAUUAUAAUGCCAUAUUUUUCCUAGAAUCACAGUCUGUCGUUUUGCACUCUUUCUAUAACAUUAUCCAUUUGGUUUCAGUUAUAAUAUCAAUGGUAUAGUUGCAAAUUAGUGCUAGAGUAGCAGCACAGUCAACUAUAUUAUUUAAUUAAGGAAUGUUAAGUCAAAUUCUUUCUUGUGCCAAGUUCCUUUCUUUCUUUCUUUCUUUCUUUCUUUCUAGACACCGAUGAGAAGGGUGUGCCUUUAUUAUAAAUUAAUAUAUUUGUAAAUGCGUUUCUGAAAAGGGUUCAUUGCAAGAUAUGAAAAUUGCCUUAGGGCCAUACUAUCAUGGGAAGAAGGGGGAAAAAAAAAACUUCUUGGUGAAAUAUUUAUAGCAAGAGCUUUAGUUUUUUCAGUAACUUUGUGUGGAACAGACAGCUGUGAUAAGAAUCUCUCUUAGGCUUCUCACAUUAAUGCAUCUGUUGAUGUACAGACCAAAACGUAUGGUGUUUCAAUACAGAAAUUAAUAAUUGAAGAAGAUUUCACUUACUGCCGGUAUGCUUUUGAAAAUAUUAAAUAGUAUGGAGGUGUAUUGGUUAUGCUGGAGGUAUAGUGUUGGGUUUCAUACUACAAAAGAGCAGUAAUAAGAUAAACCUGCAGUGUCAGUACCACUGUUGUGGGCACUAUUAUGUGUCGAAUAUUAUGAAGAGAGAGCCCUGGACAAUAUCUCGUCCUAUCCAUUUUCAAUGUUAUGUAACUGGUGCAAAACGUCAUACCUCACACCUUUUUUUUUUUUUUCGAUCUGUGAUUGAAUAAGGCUACUUGUUGUAUCACAUGACAAUUUUAGAUACAUUUUGUUAUUUCUUAUCACCGCACUGUCUUAUUAAUUCUAACAGAUAAGCGGCUGCAUACAAUGCAAAACAAGUAAAAUAGUGUUUCAUCGUAAGCAAUACACUAGACUCAUAUUUUAUAGUCAUCACUACAGUCAAGCAUCUGCCUCCCUGACUGCAAUAUAUUUGAUUUAUAGCUGUGGAUGCUCAGACAAAUUAAAACAUGCCUCGUUCUCUUCAAGUGCUUUCAAGUUGGCUUGACAUACCAUUUAGAUAUUUACUUUACCACACCCUCUAUAAGUUUACUUUGACAACCACCAAGGAUACUUCGUGUAAGCAACGUACCCUUUUGUUCAGAGACUGGUAUUAUCCUAUCAAGAAAACUCCUUAAUUCUGUGAAACGCCAUCAGUAUCACGCCUUGGGUAGAACUUGUUUCUGAAAGUUUAAGUUAAACUACUCAGUGACUUACAUUUAUGGUGCUUUUCUGUUUUCAGUUUCUGUAGUGUUGCAGUCACUUUCUUUAGUGGUGUUUACUUAAUGUUGUUUUUUUUGUUUUGUUUUUUUUUUAAUUUCCAUUUAUAUCAUUUUCUCAGUUAAAGUAUUUUCAGAUUUCAACUUCAGCACUGAGAGAAAAGUAGAUUUGAAGGAAGGAAACCUUUGCCAUUUUUCUCUCUGUUUAAAAUCAAUGCUCAAAAUUCAUAUUUUAGAAUACUGGACUAUUUAUAAUGUGCCAUUAAAAUCUCUUCAUGUGCUUGUAUAACUGGCAGACGAGUGAGAAUGAACCUUAUAUUUUUGUUUUUCCGGCUCUGAGCUUUGAAUCAAUGGCAGUUUAAAACAGUGAGCCAAAUGUGAAAACUAUUACAGUUACCAAGAGCCAAAACGCUCAAUGCCAUACUACUGACAGAACAUGUUUGGUGUCAUUCUGUGACAUGAGAUGCCAUGUAUGUCAUUUGAAGCAUUGUAAGCCUGACUGCUUUGUUCGCUAAAUAUGUUUAGAUUUGCUCUGUUUCUAUAUCAUAAUGUACCCGUUCAUCUUAGAUGACUUUGGCCACUAACCAAAGAGCAAACCAAAAAUUGUAAAGGGUUUGUGUAGUAUGUUGCACAGCAGACAAGAGAGAGACCAAAACCAAGCCCUGGAACAAAUGAAUCUUAGAAGUGUCAGCAGAUCUUUUUCGUCUCAUUUCCCUGCAUCAUGCUGUCAUUUAUUACACACACUGGCUUUGAGCAGAAACAUUUCAUUGAGCUAAUGUUUUACAAUGAAUGAAGCUGUAAGCAUUAGCUUUAGCUUUUGAAGAACAGAUUUUGGAUGUUGUUUUGUGGUCUUUAAAGAAGGGAUGGUACAAACAGAAAAGUUUUGUCGAGGAAGUUGAUUGAACUGGUGCCUUGCUGUGAAACCUAGAGGCUACACUACCAUUUGGGGUCAGUGAGAUUUUUUUUUUUUUUAAUUAUUUUGAAAGAAAUUGAUUUUUAUUCAGCAAAAAAGUCACUGUUUCCAUAAUUUAAGCAGCACAACUCUUUUCAACAUUCAUAUUAAGAAAUAUUUCUUGAGCAUCAAAUCAGCAUAUUAGAAUGAUUUCUGAAGGAUCAUGUGACACUGAACAUUUAGCUUUGGAUCAUAAAUGUUAUUUUACAACAUACAAAAAUAGAAACAGUUAAAUAAUAAUAUUCACAAUAUUCCUGUUUUUACAGUAUUUUUGAUCAAAUAAGCCUAGGUGAGUGAAAGAGACUCAAUUUCACAUUAAAAAAAAAAAAAUCGUACCGACCCCAAACUUUUGAAUGGUAGUGUAUGUGAAUCACUUACCCCGCAGGUCAUUUUAUUUUUUUGUUGCCGCGCAAGAUUAUGGGAAUGAGAUGAGGGGUUCCUUCAAAGAAGGUGGAAAUGUUUGUGUUAUUUUUGGAUGUAUCAAUGUAUCAGCCUGGUCUUUUGUAUAAAUAUUGAACUAAUGGUUGUAUGCAAAAGCAAUAUGCCUGUUAGAUCAUAAUCGAGACCUGCAGUAAGUUUCUGUAUCCUUCUUUUUGUUUCUAUGGGGGGAACAUCCCAUUUGUUGGGGACUGAUAUGCAUUGAAGAAACAGAUUUUCGCAUCCGAGUCAUUAUGCAGUUUCGACUGAAAGUUGAAUAUGCUGAAAUAAUACAAUGGGACAAUCAAACAGCUUCAAAAUAUAGAAGCUUACUCUUAAAAUAAGUUUAAAAAAAAAAAAAAAAAAAUCAUAUUCUCGUCAGUUGAUUUUUGCUUGGCUAUAAUCUCAUCAGAAUGAUGCUUUCAGGUUAGCAGAUCGCUGUAUUAUAUUGUUUGGUCUAGAGGGGGGAAUAUGCAUGCCGGCCCACUUAUUGUUCAAGUAGAAUUGCAUGGUGACCUCUGCGUUGUAAUACGAAACUACAGAUGACCUUUUGUUUUUGUCUUAAGACUUGAAAGUGAUUUUCAUUUAUAGCUAUAUCUCUUUUGUGAUAUUUCACCUGGCAUGCACUUAAUGACUUUUCUUAAAUAAUAAUAAAUAAAUAAAUGUAUUCCAUAAGGGAUUAAUUGACCAUGUAAAACUCCCAACUUGUGGGACUCAUAAGGCCUCAAAUAUUUUAUCGCUUGGGAUGCGUUUCCCCUUUAAUGGUGCUUUACGACUGGUCAGGUUUCUUUUCAGUUUUUAUAAUGUGUAAGCAAAAAGAUGAUGUUAAAUCGGUGAUAUGGGGUUAACAUACUCAUGUAAAGGAUUUAAUGAACUGUACUAAUAGAGUCAUACUCCGCCAACUGACCUAGAUACUCAUGGUCCAUAUUCACUUGCUUUGUUCACAUAAAACCAGUUCAGUUUGUGCCAUGCACAGUCAUCAAAAAAAGAAGUGUUUACAGGGAAGGCUGUUGGACUACUUUUUGAUUGUGCAGCUCGUCCUUUUUAACUGUUGAAAACUGUUGACUUACUUCAGGUAGUUUAUGAACACUGAGCUAAACCUAGAGAUAUUGAAGAAAAGGACAUCUUGAAGUCUUCCAUUGGUUCUCCACUUCCAACAUGUCUCCACUGUGUAAUAUGCAAAAGCAAUAACCUUUGUAAAAGCAUUUUUUUUUUUUUUUCCUUUGGUGUCUUUCUGCCUCUCAGAUCGCAAGAGGAUCGUGUCUCAAAAUGAAUGCAUUCAGGAUGUCAGGGAGCUGAGGUCAUGACGAAUUUUUUUUUUUUUAAUAUAUAUGUAUAGCCUACAUUCUUUUAUGUGAAAACUUGGACAGGUUGGGCAAAUAUGCUUCUACAGUGCGGCUUGUGUUGGCGGUUACAACAGUACAUGUUCUGAUUGUACUUAACUUACCUGUCGCCUCAGUGUCACUGGUGAAAAGUCACAUCUUUUUUUCUUUUAAUUUUUUUUUUUUUUUUUUUUUUUUUAAAUCCGUGUCAAAUACAAAAUCUUUUAGAUAUGUAACCUGCCGCUAUGGUGUGCGUUAAAGAUCUUCUUUCUUCAUGCGUCAAGAAACGACCAAUUCGUACGUAUUCGCACAACGUCACUUGUACGAAUUCAUUUGAUUUGUCUAAACCCCAAUGACGGGUAGGUUUAGGAGCGGGGUUAGGGGUAGGUCAUUCAUUCGAAUUUGGCAACACGUAAAAUACGUACGAUUUAGCAAAUGAAUUCGUACGAAUUAGCCACCUCGUAAAAUACGUACGAAUUGCCGUGAGAUCGGAUUGGCCAAUCAGAGGACUUAAGCAAAAUUGUUAACUCAAACACUUGUUCUCUCAUGUAUUCGGGACAUUGCAAAAAGUAAAAAGUAGAACUCAGGGUUAUAGUAUUCAGAAAAUGCCAUUUUGGAUGCGCAGUGAUUUGUGUGUGUCCAAAACUAAGCUUGCACUUUUACUUCAGGUGGGGAAACAAUUCCUCAGUCAUUGGUUCCCAAAACAGUCUGCCUCACAGGUGUGGUAAGAUGCACCUAAAUGUUUCCGUUCUUGCUCUUCCCGAAUGCGUGGGAGUUUCACCGCUUAGGAAAGCAGAUCUUUAGCUCUCAUCCUAUCACAGCACUCUGUCCAACCUUCUGUUAUCCACUAUAUGUUCAACCUCACAACCCAACUGUGAACCUCAGAACUCUACUGUUUUAUACAACUAUGAAGUACAUGAAGCUAGCUGACGCCGAUGCUGUAACAAUUAACUCGCCAUUUAUGAAUUUUAUUUUAUAGCAUGAAAUAUAAAGUUAUAUUUAUUCAAAUGAUAUAUUUUACUCAUAAUCAUUCUGUGCUGCUUUUUAUUUUCGUUCUUAAAGCUUGUAUAUUGCUUUUUUAUGAUACAAAGAAAUGUCAAUAGGUAAAAAUGCAUUUGUUUGUACAAUAAAGAUGCUGAUUUGGCAAAA